AUGCCGAUUGUCUACCCGCACCGAGAGUUCGACGAGGCCAUCCAGUCGCUCAGGCUGACUGCAGUUUAUUGGUCACAGACAGCUUAGGGCAUAAAUAUGUUUCCAAUGCUGAAAUGAACACUUGCACUAUAAAAUCUAUUCAUUCUGUUCACGGCAGGCUUUAUUUGACCUGUGGGAAGCAUUUUAAGUGCCCUCUAGUAAAGCACUAGUGCCUAGCCUACAGUGAUGUUGUGUACGUAUGGUAUUUUAUUCCUGUGCAUCAUGCCCCCAUUAGAUAGACUCGUAAAAGCAGUGCCAUGGGGAGAGAGUAUGCAGAUGGCUACACACUUGGGGCUUUCAUUGCUCACUGAGACAGCCCAAUUAACCAACUGAAAAUCUUUCCUCAAACCAUUGUUAAAUAGAAACUUAGGCUACAGCUCCAGAAUAUAGCCUAAUUGCCCUCAUAUUGUCCAGUAGAAUUGCUGGUUAGGUUAUUCAUACCCUCUUGUGAGGAUGGUCUGGUAAGUGCUUUGCACAAACUCACACACACGCACGCACGCACGCACGCACGCACGCACGCACGCACGCACGCACACACACACACACACACACACACACACACACACACACACACACACACACACUACAGUAGCAAGUCCAUCUGGGGCUUGAAACCAUAGUAGCCCUCUGGUCUACAGUAAGGAUUUCCCUAACAGCUCAAUGUGCUAGUCUAACACCUUAAUAGUCGAAUGCUACUUGUGUUACCCUCCCCCCCAACAACUGUUUUCAAUCCAACAUCUAUCAUCUGAAAGGCAUCAUGGGAAUGUUACAGGCCCAGUUUUUCUUUAAUUUCACCACCCUCACACACACAUACUUGCAGGCACACACACAUGCACGCACACUGGGAAUGACUCAGUGUGCCUGCUAGGCUAGCAGCCUCCCUCCAUCCUCUCCUCUCGCUGGGAGAACUCAAGUCAUUAGUUAUUCCACUGACCUAGCCGCGCACAGGGUUAAUCCAGCCUGCAGUGUUGAACAGGCUGAAAACUGGAAACUGUCGACAGAUGGACACACUCUUUCUCAGCUGGGUCCUGCCUUAGGGCAGAGUAAUGUCUCAUCAGACAGUCAAACAAAACGGUAGCCAUACUUUUGUUUAUUUGUUUAUUUGGAGCUCCAUUAGCUUUUGCAGAAGCAGCAGCUACUCUUCCUGGGGUCCACAAAAAACACCAAAACAUGACAAGUAACAAAACACUGAUACACUGCUAGACAAGGUCAGUCGCACACAUUUAAAAUACAACGAUAUACAAACAAUACAACAAAAAUAAUACAAACAAUACAACAAAAAAAUGGUGUAUGUGUCUCUGUGUUAGUGUGUGUCUGUCUGUGUGUUAGUGUGACCCUGUGUGUUAGUGUGAGCCUGUGUGUUAGUGUGAGCCUGUGUGUUAGUGUGUGUCUGUGUGUUAGUGUGUGUCUGUGUGUUAGAGUGAGCCUGUGUGUUAGUGUGUGUCUGUGUGUUAGUGUGUCUGUGUGUUAGUGUGUGUCUGUGUGUUAGUGUGUGUUAGUGUGAGCUUGUGUGUUAGUGUGUCUGUGUGUUAGUGUAUCUGUGUGUUAGAGUGUGUCUGUGUGUGUAUGUGUGUUAGUGUGAGCCUGUGUGUUAGUGUGAUCCUGUGUGUUAGUGUGAGCCUGUGUAUCUGUGUGUUAGUGUGUCUAUGUGUUAGUGUGUCUGUGUGUUAGUGUGUCUGUGUGUGUCUGUGUGUUAGUGUGACCCUGUGUGUUAGUGUGAGCCUGUGUGUCUGUGUGUUAGUGUGUUAGUGUAUCUGUGUGUUAGAGUGUGUCUAUGUGUUAGUGUGUCUGUGUGUUAGUGUGUCUGUGUGUGUCUGUGUGUUAGUGUGAGCCUGUGUGUUAGUGUGUGUUUGUGUGUUAGUGUGAGCCUGUGUGUUAGUGUGUGUCUGUGUGUUAGUGUGAGCCUGUGUGUUAGUGUGUGUCUGUGUGUUAGUGUGAGCCUGUGUGUUAGUGUGUGUCUGUGUGUUAGUGUGUCUGUGUGUCUGUGUGUUAGUGUGAGCCUGUGUGAUAGAGUGUGUGUGUUUGUGUGUGUGUACCCUCACAGUCCCCGCUGUUUCAUGAGUUGUUGUUUAAUCCGUUUUUUAAAGGUAAUUUUGCUGUUUGCUUGAGUAAUUGGAGAUGGAAGGGAGUUCCAUGUGACCAUGGCUCUGUAUAAUACUGUACUUUGCCGUGAAUUCGUUUUGGACUUGGGGACUGUGAAGAGACCCCUGGUGGCAUGUCUUGUGGGGUAUGUAUGGCUGAAUGUUAUUUGAUUAAGCAGACAAUCUGGAAUUUUCAUCACAGUAAUAUUUCUGAUAGAACCUAGAAGAGAAGCAGCUAAUCUCUCGUCAACCCUCAACCAGGAAAGACUGGUAUGCAUGUUGUUGAUGUUAGCUCUGUAUGUUCAGUUAAGGGCAAGGUGUGCUGUUCUGUUUUGAGCCAGCUGCAGCUUUGCUAGGUCUUUCUGUGCUGCACUUGACCAUAUUACCGGACAGUAAUCAAGAUGGGACAAGACCAAAGCCUGAACCACUAGUACAGUUGAUUUUUGUACUAAGUAAUUUCUAAGACUUUGUCAACAUGGUUUCUCAGGACUCUUUUGUUGAAGAUGUAAAAAAUGUAUGUUGGUCUGAUGUGUAUGAGGAAGUCAAUCCAGAUGCAGCACUGGAAGUAGUUGUAAAAGUAUUCAUGCCAGUUGUUGACAAGCAUGCACCUGUUAAGAAACCAAUUGUGAGAACUGUUAGAGUCCCCUGGCUUGAUGAUGAAUUGAAAAAUGGUAUGGCUCAAAGAAAUGAUCCAAAAGAGGUGGCAAACAAGUCAGCCUGCUCAGCUGAUUGGAUGACAUACUGUAAAUUGAGACAUUUUGUGACUAAACUUAACAAAAAGAAGAAUACAUUAUAUUACCAAACAAAGAUACAUUAAAUAAAACAAAAUGAAAAAAUACUUUUGAGUACAGAAAGGAAAACGCCGCACACUGCUGCUCAUACUCAUUUUACAUUUACAUCCCAGGUGAUAUUUAUUUAUAACAGCGUUUCCACCCUUAGAUCUUCAUCAGGCAUCCGUAUUCUGUUUUUCAUUUAUAACAAAACCUUUCGAUAUUGCCAAUCAUUUCAAUGACUAUUUCACUAAUAAAGUAGAAAAGCUCAGAAGUGAAAUGACAACAAUUAACAUUGAACCAUCAUAUACAUUAAAAAUAUAUAUCUAAUAAUGACAGAGAAGGAUUGCUGUUUUGAAUUUGGUCAAGUUAGUGUGGGAAAGUUGGAAAAACGAUUGUUUACCAUGAAUAAUGAUAAGCCACCAGGUAAAGACAAACUUGAUGGGAAACUAUUGAGAAUGGUAGCAGACUGUAUUGCGACCCCUAUUUGCUACACCUUUAAAGCUGCACUAUGCAGAAAUCGCUCCACCAUUUCCUGGCUGCGGAAAUUCGAAUAGUUCGCCUAAUUUCAGUUUAUGUGACAAAACAAAGAAAUAGCGCACAUAGAACAUAUCUACCACUUCUUAGACUUGCAUUCAAUGAGAAUGACAGAUCUAUAACUCACAUUCUAUGAUAAUUUGGUCGGGUCGCCCAAAAAGUUACUUAUUGCAGCUUUAACCAAAGCCUAAAGGAGUGUGUGUCCACAGGCAUUGAAGGAAGCUAAGGUAAUUCCACUGCCUAAAAAUAGUAAUGCACCCUUUGCUGGCUAUAACAGCCGCCCAAUCAGUUUGCUGCCUGUUCUUGGUAAACUGUUCUUAGUAAACUGAUGGAGAGGAUUGUGUUUGACCAAGUACAAUGCUAUUUUUCAGCGAAGUUAACUACUGACUUUCAAUAUGAUUAACUACUGAUUUAAUAUGAUCAAUACAAGUGAAUGCCACAGAUCCAACACUAUUGGUAUGCACUCAAGUUGGUUGAGUGAUAACCUGGGUCAUAUUACAUUAUUAUUAGUCACAGUUAGAAGCUUCCUCUUGAGAGGACAGCUAGUUGCUAACCAGUCAAUGUUCAAGUCACCCAGAGAAUAGACCUCUCUGUUAACAUCACACACAUUAUCAAGCUUUGCACACAUAUUAUCCAUUAUCAGUUGCCAGAGAGGAAGGAAUCCACUCAGGGAAUUCACCAUGAGGCCAACGGUGACUUUAAAACAGUUGCAGUUUAAUGGCUGUGAUAGGAGAAAACUGAGGAUGGAUCAACAACAUUGUAGUUACUCCACAAAACUAACCUAAUUGACAGAGUGAAAAUAAAUAAGCCUGUACAGAAUACAAAUAUUCCAAAACAUGCAUUCUGUUUGCAACAAAUCACUAAAGUAAUACUGCAAAAAAUGUGGCAAAGCAAUUAACUUUUAGUAUCGCGCUGUCACGCCCUGACCUAUAGAACUUUUGUUUGUUGAGUCAGGGUGUGGAAUUCUAUGUUAGACAUUCUAUGUUUAGAUUCAAGUUUUUCUAUUUUUAUGUCUGGCCGGGUAUGAUUCCCAAUCAGAGGCAGCUGUCGCUCAUUGUCUCUGAUUGGGGAUCAUACUUAGGUAGCCCAUUGCCUACUGUGUAUUGUGGGAUCUUGUUCCUGUUAGGCUGGUAUGUGUAUAGCCCUUUGGACUUCACGUUACGUUGUUUCUUGUUUUGUUGAAUGUUUAAUUAGUUAAUAAACAUGUACGCUUUUCACGCUGCACCUUGGUCCGACCCGUCUCUCAACGUUCGUGACACGCGCUCCAUAUUUUCAAGCAUGGUGGUGGCUGCAUCAUGUUAUGGGGAUGCUUGUAAUCGUUAAGGACUGGGGAAUUUUUCAGGAUAAAAAGAAACAGAAUGGAACUAAGCACAGGCAAAAUCCUAGAGGAAAAUCUGGUUCAGUUUGCUUUCCACCAGACACUGGGAGAUUAAUUCACCUUUCAGCAGGACAAUAACCUAAAACACAAGGCCAAAUCUACACUGGAGUUGCUUACCAAGAACACAGUGAAUGUUCCUGAGUGGCCGAGUUAGUUAAAUCUGCUUGAAAAUCUAUGGCAAGACUUGAAAAUGGUUGUCUAGCAAUGAUCAACAACCAAUUUGACAGAGCUUGAAGAAUUUUGAAAAUAAUAAUGUGCAAAUAUUGUACAAUCCAGGUGUUCAAAGCUUUUAGAGACGUACCCAGAAAGACUCAUAGCUGUAAUCGCUGCCAAGGGUGAUUCUAACAUGUAUUGACUCAGGGGUGUGAAUUAUUAUGUAAAUGAGAUACUGUAUUUCAUUUCCAAUACAAUUGCAAACAUUUCUAAAAACAUGUUUUCACUUUGUCAUUAUGGGGUAUUGUGUGUGGACUGGUGAGAAAAAAAAAAAUAUUUAAUCCAUUUUGAAUUCAGGCUGUAUGUCAAGGGGUAUAAAUACUUUCUGAAAGCACUGAAGCUAGCUAAUAACCAAACUUUUUUAAUAGAAUACUUUUCCAGAGACUUUCAAAACUUUCAAAACAACAAACCGAGCUCUCCCGCGUUCAACAUGUGACGUACCGGAUGUGGGUGUGAUGAUGAGUCUUGGUGAUAUGACCUACAAAUAUACAGGGAGAGAGAAGGAAGGAGAGAAAUGGGUCAAGCCAUCUGUAAUUGAGUUCAUGGUUCUCACUGCCUAGCUAACAGUCUAACUAACAUCAUUGGUAGAGACAAGAGACACACUCACAGGACAAACUCACUCAGUCACUCCCGGUCACUCCCCAGCCCUAAAAUUAGAUGCAUCCCUGCAAAUGGUGUGUCUUAGAACAGAAUGUAACACUGUGCCUCCCCACUGGUGCAGACAGAAACAAAUCUGUUUUUCUUACUUUCUCUCUCGCUCUCUCUCGCUCGCUCUCUCUCUCUCAAUUCAAUUCAAUUCAAGGGGCUUUAUUGGCAUGGGAAACAUAUGUUUACAUUGCCAAAGCAAGUGAAAUGGAUAAACAAAAGUGAAAUAAACAAUAAAAAGUAAAUAUUACACUCACACAAGUUCCAAAAGAAUAGAGACAUGUCAAAUGUCAUAUUAUGUAUAUAUACAGUGUUGUAACAAUGUGCAAUAAACAUCACUAUGGGUUGUAUUUGCAAUGGUGUUUGGUCUUCACUGGUUGCCCUUUUCUUCACUCUCUCUCAAAAUCAAUAGCCUAUCAUUAAUCCAUUCCUCCUUUCCAUCUCCCUGUCCAUCUCUCUCUCUCCCCUCUCUCUCUCCUCCCUCUCUUCUCUCCUCUCUCUCUCUCUCUCUCCUCUCUCUCUCUCUCUCUCGCUCCUCUCUCCUCAGCUCCUCUCCUCUCUCUCUCUCCAUCUCCUCCUCCCUCGUCUCUCUCUCUCUCUCUCCCCCCCCCCCCACUCCUUUAGCAGUGAAAUUGGGCCAACCCCAUCUUUCCCCCUCCCUUCCCAUAUGUUUUUUUUUGGAUUUUUUUAUUUAUUCGCACCAAAGAAAAGAAGUGAAAGGCAAAACAGUACAGAUAAAACAACUGGUAAAAACGGUGUGCAGGUGAGGUUGGAAGCCCAAAAGGGCUUAUAUGAAAACCCCACCACAAAUAUAAGUACAACAAAAAAAAAGUUUGUUCAAUCAGUUAAACAAAGCAUAUUAAUUAUAAUUGUACAUGAUAUACUCAGUAUACAAGAAAAACGUUUGAUUAUGUGUGUGUGUGACAGUUAGGAUACAUGGAGCCAGCCAGGCUACAUUUACAUUUUACAUUUUAGUCAUUUAGUAGACGCUCUUAUCCAGAGCGACUUACAGUUAGUGAGUGCAUACAUUUUCAUACUGGCCCCCCGUGGGAAUCGAACCCACAACCCUGGCGUUGCAAACGCCAUGCUCUACCAACUGGGCCAUGCAAAAAGAGGAGAGGUGGAAACCCUUUAUUGGUGAUCUUUAAUCCACUUGAGGAUGGGAAGGUUUUUUUGAGAGUGGGACAGAGACAGCCGUCGUCAUCAUCAAGCCUGCUUAGACAGUAGUCAUGGGAUUGGGAAGAGACAACUAUACAGGAUUCAUAAAAUGCUGAACUGUUCAUGUGUUCACAUUGAGAGUUCAUGUGGUUAGAGUAGGUGCUAUUAGUCCACAUGUCCAGGCCGUCAUUGUAAAUAAGAAUUCGUUCUUAAUUGACCUGCCUGGUAAAAUAAAGGUAAAAUAACUAAAAUAAAUAAAUGUGUUAGCAGUCUGGUUUACACAUAGAAACCAAAACCCAGAGAGCUCAGCUGAGAGCCCAAUUACACACACACACACACACACACACACACACACACACACACACACACACACACACACACACACACACGCACACACACACACAGAGGUGCCUGAGAGCCCAGUGAGAGAUGUGAGAAGCAAAACAAACCUGGCCUCCUGUAGUUGCCAUGAAAAAGGGCAUUUAAAAAUAGAAAAACUCAUGUCGAGCUUUUUACAAGCGCUUAUGUUGUUAGCCGUGAGAAAACAACUUGUCAACAGAGAAAAAUUCCUCUGCAAAUUUACCUUGAUGGGGCUGUCUAUGUAGAGAAUCAAACUCCUGGGCAAACUGAUGAAGUAGCUGUGUGUAAAGCCUAGGAUAUGUCCCAAAUGGCGCCCUGUUACCUACAGUGCCUUAGUAUUCAUACCCCUUGACUUAUUACACAUUUUGUUGUGUUACAGCCUGAAUUCAAAAUGCUGUACAGUGCCUUCAGAAAGUAUUCACACCCCUGGACUUUUCCCACAUUUUGUUGUGUUACAGCCUGAAUUGAAAAUGCACUGGCCUUCACACAAUACCCCAUAAUGUCAAAGUGGAAUUUGGUUUUUAGGAUGUUUUACAAAUUAAUUAAAAAUGAAAAGCUGAAAUGUCUUUAGUCAAUAAGUAUUCAAUCACUUUGUUAUGGCAAGCCUAAAUAAGUUCAUAUAAUUAUUUGUAAGGUCCUUCAAUGGAGCAGUGAAUUUCAAACACAGAUUCAACCACAAAGACCAGGGAGGUUUUCCAAUACCUCACAAAGAAGGGCACUUAUUGGUAGAUGGGUAAAAAAAAAAAAAAUGACAUUGAAUAUCCCUUUGAGCAUGGUGAAGUUAUUAAUUACACUUUGAAUGGUGUAUCAAUACACCCAGUCACUACAAAGAUACAGGUGCCCUUCCUAACUCAGUUGCCAGAGAGGAAGGAAACCGCUCAGGGAUUUUACCAUUAGGCCAAUGGUGACUUUAAAACAGCUACAGAGCUUAAUGGCUGUGAUAGGAGAAAACUGAGGAUGGAUCAACAACAUUUUAGUUACUCCCCAAUACUAACCUAAAUGACAGAGUGAAAAGAAGGAAGCCUGUACAUAAUAAAUAUUCCAAAACAUGCAUCCUGUUUGCAAGGCAUUAAAGUAAAACUGCAAAAAAUGUGGCAAAGAAAUUAACUUUAUGUCCUGAAUACAAAGUGUUAUGUUUGGGGCAAAUCCAACACAACACACCACUCUUCAUAUUUUCAAGCAUGGUGGUGGCUGCAUCAUGUUAUGCGCAUGCUUGUCAUCGGCAAGGACUAGGGAGUUUUGUAGGAUAAAAAGAAACGGAAUAGAGCUAAGCACAGGCAACAUCCUAGAGGAAAACCUGGUUCAAUCUGCUUUCCAACAGACACUGCAAGACAAAUUCAUAUUUCAGCAGGACAAUAACCUAAAACACAAGGCCAAAUAUACACUGGAGUUGCUUACCAAGACAACAUUGAAUGUCCCUGAGUGGCCUAGUUACAGUUUUGACUUAAAUCGGCUUAAAAAUCUAUGGCAAGACUUGAACAUGGCUGUGUAGCAAUGAUCAACAACCAACUUGACAGAACUUGAAGAAUUUAAAAAAAGAAUAAUGUUCAAAUAUUAUACAAUCCAGGUGUGCAAAGCUCUUAGAGACUUACCCAGAAAGACUCACAGCUAUAAUAGCUGCCAAAUGUGAUUCUAACAUGUAUUGACUCAGGGGUGUGAAUACUUAUGUAAAUUUAAUAUUUCUGUAUUUAAUUUCAAUAAAUGUGCUAAAAUUUCACUUUGCCAUUAUGGUGUAUUGUGAAUUCAGGCUGUAACAUAACAAAAUGUGGAAUAGGUCAAGGGGUAUGAAUACUUUCUGACGGCACUACCUUUGACCAGAGCUCUAUGGGUCCUGGUCAAAAGUAUUGCACUACAAUAGGGUGCAAUUUGGGAUAUAUCCCUAUUCCUAUUCGUGCAGAACGGGCAGGGCCUAAGCUGUUUCCACAGCUGGCUCAGAGAGGAAGAGGGUUGUUGGCUCGGCUGUGUCUCAAACAGGCACUAUGAGCUCACUAUUUCACCUUCACAUUCUUUCACAAACACAGUCACACAUGAGAGAGAGGGUGCCUUCACAGUUCACACCAAAUGAUGUUUAAUUGAAUUAGCUACAGUAUAGUACAGAAAGGUUUGGGUUGAAUUUGGGUUCUCACACACUCACACGCAGACAUAAUCACAUACAGUACACACACACACACAAACACACACACAAUCACAAUCACAGUCACAUACACACACUCUAUUGCUAUAGAGAUGAGAGAAUCAUCUCUGUAAGCUGACCCAGAGGUGGUCUAAAAGAUGAGAUGAAGCUGUAUGAAGUGAUACUGUCUGUAUGCCUCAGGCUUCCCAUGGAACACUGAUAACAGAGAUAGAUGAAGUCAUCCCUGUAGCCUACUACCCUGUGGGAGUUCAAACAUUCUCAUGUUUCCUCAUGUUCAUUCUCUUGUUAUCAUAACCCUCCCGGUGGGUAUGGACCCUCAGUACAGUUUCUCACAAGCGACCUCACCAUACCACUCUAUAACCAUGUAUUUUCCUUAAUUGCAGAAGGUUGAGGCCCUGUGCUGGGGUCAAACCUCCAAACCUAAAUAAUGCUCUGUAUCACUAUUGUUUAGCUACUGUUUCACUAUUGUUUCGCUAUUGUUUAGCUACUGCAGCAGUGUUGUACAAUAAGUAAGUCUUACACUCUUCUCUGUGUCCUCAGGUAUGACUAUGUGGAGGUGUUUAACGGUGGAGACGAGCAGGCUCCGACCCUGGGGAAGUUCUGUGGGAAGAUAGCCCCCUCCCCCAUCAUCUCCAUCGGCAGCCAGCUCCUAAUCAAGUUUGUGUCCGACUACGAAUCUCCCGGGGCUGGAUUCUCCGUGCGCUACGAGGUCUUCAAGACAGGUCAGCCUCUUUGGAUAUGGUGUUGAACCAUUUCUUACUAUUGUGUUUUAUUACUUGUGUCACUCUGUUCAAAUACAGACUUACUGUUUGAGAGGCAGGUCCUAACGUCCACCUAAGAGGAAUUUUCACUUAGUCAUGCAUUGAUGGCAAUGGGAGACUAAGAGGCUAAAUCUUCUGUUCAAGGUCUUACAAGCUAAAGUUUAAGCUACUACAUCCUUUCCUAUACAACUAGCCUCAGUACUGUAGGUCACCCAUGUUGAAGCCAAUGAACCCAGGGACCCAGAGUCCCCCUUCUCUCUGAAUGGCCCUCGAGGGGCAGGAUGCUAGAAGCACAAGCAUUUCACUACACCCGCAAUAACAUCCGCUCAACACGUGUAUGUGACAAAUAAAAUUUGAUUUGAUUUACAGGUCAGGGAGAGUACUGUAAACAUUCAUAUCAGCCUUUAAAGGAAGGAACCUCAUUCCCAUGUCCUUCAUCCAAUCCCUAUCAGCCCGGCCAGUCUCGCUCUAUCCAGCUGACUGAGAGACAAUCAGGACAGAUCUGAUAAGGAAGGUCCAACACACACUGACUCUCCUGAAAAGACCUCUCUCUACUACUCUUGGAACCAAUUGUGGCCAGGUUCAUUGUAAUGGCUGGAAUGGAAUGGAAAGGUAUCAAACACAUCCAACACAUGGAAACCAUGUGUUUGAUACCUUUCCAUUCAUUCCAUUCCAGUCAUGACAAUGAGCCCAUCCUCCGAUUUCUUCCUUCAUCGAUCACCACUGCUUGGAACCCAUUACCUGGCUGGACUCUAAGUCUAUGAGUCUCUGCCUGUAUCUCUCCCAUCCACACCUGGUGCUCGUGGUUGUUAGAGAAUGGGGAUGGAUACAGUAGGAGCAAGUUUCCUGUUGUUGCUAAGUCUUCCUGCUGAGUUGUUCCUGCUGCCGUUUGGCUCUAGAAGUGUUAGUGGGGAGAAGCUUGGGAGUGGAGGGGGGGAGGGAAGGCAGGCAGGCCUGGACGGACGGGACUGGACGGACUGACUACGGCCGGACGGACGGACUGAGGACGGACGGACGGCAAGAGAGCAAAGAGAGAGAGAGAGCAUAGAGAGAGAGAGAGAGAGAGAGAGGAGAGAGAGGAGAGAGAGAGAGAGGGAGAGAGAGAGAGUAGACGGAGAGAGGAGCUCGCUUCAGAUUCUCUCCCUCCCUCUCUUCCUCUCUCCGGACCUCUCCUGUCGAGAUCCUUUCCGAGCGGAGAGAGAACCAAAACCUUAAAAAUUUCUUAUCCCCCCCCCAAAGGCCCUUUUUUAAAAAAAUUUUUAAAACCACGGGGGCCCUUCCCCCCGGAGUUUUGGUCCCCCGAAUUUUAAAAACCGGGGGGGGGGGAAAGGGAAAAAAAGGGGCUUCCCGGGGCAAUUUUCCCAAAUUUUGGCCCUUUCCAAAGGGGGGAAGGGGGGGAAAAGGGGGGAAGCCCCGGCCAAGCCUAGCACGGGGGCCCUCCUUUAACGCUCCCAACAAAAGAGAGAAAAAGGAAAGGAAAGGGAAACAACGGAGGCCGGGGAAAAAGGGUUUAUUUUCCCCUCUGCCUCGGUACGGGGGGAAAAUUGGUUCCCUAAACUGAACGGUUUUAAACGCCCUUCUAUCCACCCAGAGCAGCACCCUCAUUUGGGACCGUAUACCACGGGGUAAUACGUCCACAAAGGGCCGACCUUCCCCUAAAACAGGGCACGGCGUAGAGGAAGGAGCUAGGGAGAAGCCUAAAAGUGUUUCCCCGCCGCCCGGCCUAGGGGGCCAACCCGGGGAAAAAGAAGCCAAAAAAGGGGAGGUGACGGCGAGAGCCCCCGGGAAAAUUUGAACGACAAAGGGGACCUAACAAGGGGAAAGGGGGGAAAAGGGAAAAGGGGGAAGACCGAAAAAGGGGAAAAGGGGGGGAGGGGCGGAGGAAAGAGAAGGGGAAAGAGGGAGAGAGGGGAGAGAGAGGGGAAAGGGAGAGAGAGAGAGAAGAGGAAAAGGGGAGGGAGUUUGGGAGGGGGAGGGGAGAGUGAGGGACCAGGGGGCAGCGCCCCGGUAUUAUAAACUGUUUUCAUGGAGGUCAGGGGGUCCGCCAUUAAUGAAUGCUCUGGCAAGGAUAAGUUGAACGGACAGAAGGGGGGGGGGGUUAGAGAGACGAAUGUAGGCCCUCUAACCAAGGGGUUGGCCCAAAUGGCACCCUAUUCCCUAUAUAAUGCACGUUUUUGACAAAAGUAGUACACUAUAUAGGGAAUACGGUACGAUUUGGGACGCACACAAGUAAUAAUAAUUUGUAUUGUUACACACGUGUGUAAUGGAUAUGUGUUUCUUGCAUAUCCCAAGUCCCCCUGAGACACCCACAGGGAGCAGGGUCACAGCCAGGGUCACCAUUGUCCAGCGCCCCUGGAGGAAUUUGGGCACAGCGACAGAUUUUUCACCUUGUCGCCUCCUGUAUUCGAACCAGCGACCUUUCGGUUACUGGCCUAACACUCUAACCUCCAGGCUACCUGCCAUAUGUAUGACUUCAGCCUGCCUAUAUAAUCCCAUGACAUGUUCCAUUCCACUCUUGCCACAUUUCAAAUCCAUUACAGUCACAAAAGCAUAUUGCCCUGUUGUUCCCUCUAUGGCUCUGUUCCCUCUAUGGCUCUGUUCCCUCUAUGGCUCUGUUCCCUCUAUGGCUCUGCUCCCUCUAUGGCUCUGUUCCCUCAAUGGCUCUGCUCCCUCUAUGGCUCUGCUCCUCUCGUUCCCUCAUGGCUCUGUUCCUCUAUGGCUUGUUCCCUCUAGGCUGGUCCUCUAUGACUUGUUCCCCUAGGCUCUGUUCCCUCUAUGGCUCUGUUCCCUAUGGCUCUGCUUUCCCCUAUUGGCUCUGUUCCUCUAUGGCUUGUUCCUUUGCUUCCCUCUAUGGCUCUGCUCCCUCUAUUGGCUUGCUCCUUAUGGCUCUGUUCCCUCAAGGCUUGCUCCAUCUAUGGGCUGUUCCCUUAUGGCUUGUUCCUCUAUGGCUUGCUCCUCUAUGCUCUGCUCCCUCAAUGGCUCUGCUCCAUCUAUGGCUCUGUUCCCUCUAUGGCUCUGUUUUCCCUCUAUGGCUCUGUUCCCUCUAUGGCUCUGCUCCCUCUAUGGCUCUGCUCCCUCUAUGGCUCUGUUCCCUCUAUGGCUCUGUUCCCUCUAUGGCUCUGUUCCCUCUAUGGCUCUGUUCCCUCUAUGGCUCUGCUCUAUGGCUCUGCUCCCUCUAUGGCUCUGUUCCCUCUUUGGAACCUCUAUGGCUUUGUCCCUCUAUGGAACCUCUAUGGCUCUGCUCCCAUUUAGGAAGUGUAAUAUACUGUGACAAGCCAAGCUACGACUCUGGCUACAGGUCUAUCUUUACGACGAAAGAAAAGCGACACUGGAAAUGGUCAUAAACUGCUCUCGUGAUGAUGACAAGCACCAUUUGUGUUAAAGAUAGCGUAUCGUCAGGGUGACUAUAUGAAUGUGGUUGUGUCCCAAAUGGCACCCUAUUCUCUACAUAGUGUACUACUUUUGAUCUGAGCCCUAUGGGCCCUGGUCAAAAGUAGUGCACUAAAUAGGGAAUAGGGUGCCAUUUGGAAUGCAGAACGAUUGGAACACAUCCGGCCGCCAUAUCCAGAACUCCUCCACUCAUUGACCACAUAAUAUGUACCAGUGAUCUUAUAAAUGAUACACACUGGGUGUUCCACAGAACCAUGAGACUAUAUCUGUCUAGCUCUCUCCUCUCACUAUCGUUUCACUGCCAUUCCUCAAACCAGAAACACAUGUCUGGUGGUUUUGAAAGACUGACGUUUUUCCAGGAACACAUCAAACUGCGGCUUAGACAGGGAAAGUUCUCCGUCCAAGUGGGUGGAGUUUGGCAGGAGGUUAGUUGAUUGACACAAUGUACAGGCAAGAGCACACACACACUCCCUCUCUCUCUCUCUCUCUCUCUCUCUCUCUCCUCGCUCUCUCUCUCUCUCUCUCUCUCUCUCAUCUCUCUCUCUCUCUCUCUUUCUCUCUCUCUCUCUCUCUCUCUCUCUCUCUCUCUCUCUUUUUCUCUCUCUCUCACAGACACACACUCUCUCUCACACCAGCUGAGCCAGAUCAAAACCUGCCCGCCUCUCCUCUGAUGCUGUUUAUCAUGUCCCCCAUGUAAUGACGCCAACGGUGUGAACAUCAACUGAGCGGAACCCUUACUCUUCUCUUUCAUGUUGCAUGCUCUCAUGUAUCAGAGGUCACAUCUGGCCCGGCAACACGAAAGGCACAUCUCUCUCCUGUGGGUCAGUGACCCUCAUCAACACUGUGUGUCUGUUAUCUCAUCUUCUCUACAAAGAUCAGUCAACAUUACAACAGUAACCUUGGCUUGCACAUGUCACUUUAUGACAGGGAGGAGACAGUCGACUGACUCCCUGGCUUUUGGACUGAGGUGAACUGUGUCUGUCGUCAUAGGCAUCUGGUGGUCUACCUACAGGUUCAUAGGCCCUGUACACACUCAGUUAUACAAUGCAUUUAGCACAAUGGUUAUUACACAAAAAUAAUUACACAAGUAUUGUGGAGACACCACACAAUGGUUGUGUAAACAUUUUUGUGCAGACAAACUCUCCGUUGUGUUACAAAUGUAUCAGUUGUAUCACCCGUUGUGUCAAACGUCUUGUACAUCAGUUGUACAACUUGAAUGUGUACAAUGCCAUAAUGUGUACAAGGCCAAAGCAACAGUGACUUUAUCUCCUCACAGUGGGGAAUGGUACUCUUCCUGACUGAAGCUCAUUGGGGGUGGGGGUGGAUGUGGGGGGUGACGUGGUUGUGUUUUAGGGUGGGGUGGAGGUGAGGGGUUUGUUGGGGGUGGGGUGGUGAGGGGGUUUGUUGGGGUGGGGUGGAGUGGGUGUGGAGUGGUUUGUUAGGGUGGGGUGGGGGUGAGGGGUUUGGUUGGGGGUGGGUGUGAGGGGUUUGUUGGGGUGGGGUGGAGUGGAGGUGAGGGGUUUGUUAGGGAGGGUGGUGGGGUGAGGGGUUUGUUGGGGUGAGGUGGUAGGGGUGAGGGGUUUGUUGGGGUGAGGUGGUAGGGGUGAGGGGUUUGUUGGGGUGAGGUGGUAGGGGUGAGGGUUUUGUUGGGCUGAGGUGGAGUAGGGGUGAGGGGUUUGUCGGGCAACCGAUGUCUACAAAAACAACUCAGGGCGUCUGUGUCUGACUACAGCAGUCAGUAAAUACCAGGCGCCCUCCCAGUCAAAACACAGACAGAGCCAGCCAGUGGCACCGAGGGUGUGACCAAUAGGAACAGGCUCAGUGGACACCUCAGUGAUAAUGGAGUAAAUGGACUCAGGAACCCAUGAUCCCCUGCUAACAGUGGUCUAUAUAAGCCCAAGUGACAACAUUGUAGUUAUGGCAACAUAUUGCUUGCUUUCAGAUUCUCAAGUGCUGUAUGAUUAGUGUUACAGACAAGUAAUUAUGGAGCUAAAUAACAGCAUUAAUACAUUAAAUACAAGCACAAAGCCACGAAAAUACAGCCAUGGACCCAAAUAUUAUUCACCAAAACAGGAUAAAGACAUGCAAAGUUUAACAUACAAUGCAUAUUAUUUCAAUCUUCUCCUCAGGACCUGAGUGUUCUAGAAACUUCACCUCGUCCAAGGGUGUUAUAAAGACGCCAGGCUUCCCAGACAAGUACCCCAACAACCUGGACUGCACCUUCAUGAUCAUCGCCCCCAAAAUGUCAGAGAUCGUGGUGGACUUCGACGCGUUCGACAUGGAGCCUGACACCACCCCUCCCCCCGGGGCACUCUGUCGCUACGACUGGCUGGAGAUCUGGGACGGGUUCCCUGCAGGUGAGAGAGAGCGAGAGAAACAUAUUUGUUUUCAUCCACCAGGCCACACAGAUUGAUUUAGCCCAGCACAUUAAGGAGACAGGCAGAACCUACACUAUUCAUUGUCUACAAUUAUGUUGUUUCACUGGACCGCGUUGCCCAGUCUCCAUUGUUGUGUGAUUGGGUCUGAGGAGAAUGGGAGGAAAUGUACAUUGACAAGCAUCAUAGGAGUGCCUGGCUGGGCACAUUGCUUUGUCUGGCUCCCUGAGACUUCUUCCUGUAUACUAGGGCCUUGCCAGGCUAGGGUCUGCGUCUCAAAUGGCAGCUUAUUCACUAUUUAGUACACUACUUUGACCAGAUCGCAAUGGGCCCUGCUCAAAAGUAGUUCACUUAAUAGGGAAUAGGGUGCCAUUUGGGAAACAGCCCCAAGGAAGGGACUGGCACAGCCCUAUAGAAACACACCAGGAUCAAACAAUCACACACCUCACAGCUGGGCUUGUACUGUAAACAUGCCAGGCCGGGCAUGUCUCUCAAUAGACCUAUGUGUUUUCUGUCCCGGGGGUCUGCCAAAGCUUUGUGUUUGAGGUGUGUACAUAUUUGACAGCCCAGAUAGUAGGCAACACAAUGUAGCCUGGAUCCCAGAUGAUAGAGCUAUACAGAGAAAUCAAAUCAACAUGUAUUUGAAAUGGAAACAAAAAAGGGAAAAGGAGAAGCAUCAGAGAAUUCUUGACACAUAAUUGGAGAUGAGAGAUAUUUGUUCUGUACCAGACCUGUUAUAUAUUGGCUGUGAACAUGUGUUAAUGAUAAACACUGUGAACGUUCCAUAGUCUCUGCUACCUGACAUGUCACGUCUGUUUUUGACACAAGGUGUAAAGUCACAAAUGAGGUGAGACCUGAGAUCAUCAGAAAGUUCCAACCUGUUAUCCUCUAAUGGUUGUCACACGAUCACGAUAGGAUGUUUUGUCAGAUAACAGAGUGAAAGUUAGUGAACAUUUUAAUGGAGAAAAAGUGCAUUCUAGAAUGGAAACUGUGCAGUAAAUGAGGCUAUUAUUACAGAUUGUAGAAAAGCAGAAUCAAUCACAACAUGGGAUAUUGAAGGAAGAAAUUGUGAUGUAACUUUGGAUGAAUAAUCUAGUGGGUUCUUCGUACAUUCUCUCUCUUAGAUGAGAAUCGAGAGAGGGAAGGCAGGAGAGUCGAGAGGAUGAGAGAGAGAAAGAGAUAUGAGAGAAGAGGAGGAGAAUGAGAGAGCAGGAGCGAGAGGAAGACAGAGAGAGAGAUAGAGGUCUCAGAGAAGAGCGAGCGACCUCGCGACUCUUUUAUCUUCUCUCUAUUCACUCCUCUCUCUCUCUCUCUAUCUCUCUCUCUCUCUCUCUCUCUCUCUCUCUUCUUUUCUCUCUCUCUCACCCAGUGGGACCCCACAUCGGGCGAUUUUACUGUGGUAACAGCAGUCCUGGCCGGGUCAUCUCCUACACAGGGAUCCUUUCUAUGACCAUCAACACAGACAACGCCAUCGCCAGAGAGGGCUUCUCAGCCAACUACACUGUCAGAGAGAGCAGCCUACGUCAGGGACAGACACCAGAGGGUUAGAAUGACCUACUACCUCAAGUUAAAGUAGGCCUUGUCCAAGCUAGAAAGGCCCAGGGCCAGAAGCUGACUUUUCUCUGGGGCCAGAGUGUCCGGCUUUAAGCGAACUCACAGUAGGUGGGAUGAGGGCAGGGAGAGGGAGGUGGGGAAGGACAGCGUGUGUGUGUGUGGGACUGACUGUAGACAUAAGGUCUGCUUAGACUCCUCUCAUACACACAGAGGCAGGAUGGACUUACGAGACCCCAUCGCAGAGAAUCUAAACAGUCUCUGUCCCUCCUUCCAUCUCUCCUCAGCGCUCUGCUAAUUCUCUCAUUUCUAUUCAUGAGUUUCCUCUGUUCCAUUCUCUCAGCAGGCAUUGACAGAACAUCAAAAUAUCUACAUAUCAUUGCAAUCGAAAGGAAAGACCUUAUCAGAGACUAUUUUUCACAGUUCAAAGUCACAGUAUGGGGUGUUUCUGACUGUUAUAGAUAAGAUAAAGCCAUCGGGGGAAUAGGAGGAAUACUGAUUUCUGAGAAUAUUACAUUCCACCAACCUUCCUCCCACGUAAUGGGAAAAAGUAUCUAAAGUUUUCCCAGAACAGUUUUAAGAACAUUUAGGCACACACAUUUAUACUACCACACAGACUGAUAGGGAACUAAUGCUGUGGAAAAGGCUAUGUGAUUGGGUUCACCAUGGGGCCUUUAUUUCAAUCUGUCACGCUUAGCUGGAGGCCUGGUGACAAGACCAGUCAUCACUCUGCUCUGUGUGGGUCCACUGUGAAAACACACAGCUAGCCAGCCACGAGCCACGGAGGGUGUGUGUGUGUGUAUUUAUGUGUGUGUUUCUACAGCCAUCUGGGAUAAUUAGAGAUUUGUUUAACACCAGCACUGCUCUUAGCCAUCCAGAGAAAGGCUAUGUGGACAGAUUUACAAUCUGAUGGGAGCCGUGUGUGAGUGUGCGUACACAAACACAAACAAGCACUCGCACACACACAUUCCUACAACCGGGGUCAGAAGGACAGGUCGCAAGGCCCUAAAUCACCGUAGGAGUCCGGGGGAGUUUCAACAUGGAGUCUGUUUGAGAUGUUUUUGACAACUUCUCCUGAUGAGUUUGUGUCAUCGAACAUGAACAUGAACACCAACCAGUGGUAUUUUACAGCUGUAAAGAGUUGAUAAAAAUGGGACCCAGUGCCUCUCUGCUUGGCACUCAGCAUUAAGGAGAUUGAAUUGGGGGUAAGCGUGCAUGCGUCAGGGCAGCGAACCUAGCCUGAACCUGCGGUCACCAAACAGACACUAACAAAGACAGGCAUUCGAUGUACUACUCCGGGGGCGUUGAGAGUGAGGCAUUUACAACCACAACUAAUCAGAGGAAUUUGGUGUUCUCUAGCUCCUUACAAAAUGUUCUGAAUGGGUAAUCUUUUAACGCGUCCAGUUGAGAUACACAAGACCAUACUCUUCUCUUCUUCUGAGCAUUUCACUGUUGUAUUUGGCACAUGUUAACUUUUAGUUUCCAGUAAAAUACAGUUAAUUUCCAUUGCAUUACUCAUUAAUUGUCUUUGAGAUUGAGACCUCUCUGAGUCACGCAAAUAGUGUCUCUUUAGACCAGUGGUAUUCAAAAUGAGGAACAAAAAAUAAAGAGUACAGAUUAUUGUAUGGGACAGUAUACAAACAUUUUUGAGAAAGAUAAUUAGAAAAAUACAAUUUUAUUGAGUAAAAAUAUUUAUUGGUUUCUUUUCAUUUGAAUAUAGUUGAAGGAUGGGACUAAUAACAAAUAACAACAAAUAAUAACAAAGAUAGCUAAUAAUGUAAGCAUACUGUGUCCAUAAUAAGUAUAUAGGUUGUAUGUUGGGAGCUUUUGGGAAAGAGCACAGUUAGAAAGAUAUGGCAUAUAGAAGCAAACCGGAUGGACAUCAUGAAAAUGAUCGGAGAGGUUGAGAGUAGAAGUAGUUCAGGAGCGAAAAAUAAUAAUAAUAAUAAUAAUAAUAAUAAAAAACAAAAAACAAAUAUAUAUAUAUAUAAUAGAAUUAUUGUAAAAUUAACUGUGUCCAUAAGGUGUAGAUAGUAAGUAUAGACUGGAAGUAGAGGCCUGGGCAUUGUUGUUCACUAAUUUACUCCAAGUAGGGAAAGGAUGGUGGGGUUGAAAAGUAAUAAAGGGGAGUAUAUAUAUAAAAAACAUGGGGGAUUGGAAGUGAUGCAGACAAUUACAUUGAUAGAAGAUACAAUCUAUCUGCAAUAUUAAGCUGAUCCACCCCCCCCCCUCCACCCCCCAAAAAUAAAAAAUAAAAAAAUAAAUAAAUAAAAUGAAAUGUGGUACCCUGAAAUUCUGCCGGAAGAAAUGGUGUCCCUGCUGAAAAAGUUUGAACACUGCUUUAGACAGACACGACAGGACAGAGGAUGGAGACUCAUAGCCCUCACCCUAACUCUAAUGCCAACCCUAACUCAAACCAUAACCUCAGCAAAUUGUUGUGUAACAACAGAGUUGCAGUUGAUAGUUUGUUGAUAAUUUAAUCUGUAGUAUGUAGAUCAUCUCUAGGGGACUAUCCAAAUAAAGUGUAACUCAUGUUUUAUUUCUCCUCUGACAGACUUUACCUGUGUGGAGGGCCUGGGGAUGGAGUCGGGAGAGAUCAUCUCAGAUCAGAUCACUGCCUCCUCUCAGUACAACCCCAACUGGUCCCCAGAACGCUCCAGACUCAACUACAAAGAGAACGGAUGGACCCCCUCAGAAGACUCUGCCAGAGAGUGGAUACAGGUAAGAGAAAGAGAGACGGCCCUGGGGCAGCUGGGUUACAUGUGUGGUGUCUGCGUCCCAACGGCACCCUAUUCUCUUUGUAGCCCUAUGCGCACUGGUCAAAGGUAGUGCACUACAUAGAGGAAUAGGGUUUCCUUGUGUCUGUCAGUGACAUUACUAAUCCUAUUGGUGCAUAUAAAACAUUAUGGCUGCACAUUAAGCACUGGAUUGAGCAAGAGUUGGGUAUUCAAACUCGUCGGGACAGUGUGUUUAGUCCUUUACAGCUACCUGUUCAGCUACUGAGUGAGUGUGUGUGAUUGUGUGUUUGAUUGUGUGUGUGAUUGUGGGAAUGCAUGCGUGCACAAGUGUGAUUGUGUGUGUGUGUGUACACUAGUGUGUGUGUGUGUGUGUCUGUGCGAGUCUGAUUGUGUGUGUGUGUGUGUGUGUGAUUGUGUGUGUGUGUGUGUGUGUGUGUGUACACUAGUGUAUGUGUGUGUGUCUGCGCGAGUCUGAUUUUGUGUGUGUGUGUGUGUGUGUGAGAGAGAGAGAGAGAGAGAUUGUAGUAGCACAGGUCAUGAGGAUGAUCGAGAAUGACGCCAGACCUACAAAAGCCAAAAAAUAAACAGCACCAAGUCACAAACAAGACAUAUUGUGAUCAAGAGGCCAGACUGACGAGACUAGUUGGCGUUUGGGUUGUGUUGAGGAUUCUUUGCACAGUGCUGAUAUUCUCUUAUUCUUAAACAAACUUUAAACUUUAGAAAAUGACACAGACAACGGCUUCUGAGUAUAUGUAAAAUAUCUUUAGUUAUGCAAUUGCAGGCAGAAGUUAAUACAGAGUCAACAGGAUAUGUAUAGCUCUUCAUAAGUUCUGCGAGGUGUCUAAGACAUCCUGUAACUUAUAAAGCCUCCCCAACCCUUCCUAGCGUGACUUCCCCUAACAACAACAGCUUAAUAAAUCUACCUAUCCCUGUAGCGCCAAUCAUCUUGUCAGUAUUUUAAUAACUUCAAAAACAUGGGUUUGACCGAUACUGGACUCCUCAUACAGGAACUAGACAGUAUCAUCUUGCGACAUUUGACAUUUCAUAAGGGAGAAGUAAGCAUCUUCUAGCUGAAGGGGAUUUUUCUGCGGUUAGGUGCAGCAUCUUCUUUUCACAGAACCAAACAGCUUGGAUGUCGGUACCAGACACAGGGGCUCAGUAGAGCAGGUGCGUAGGCUUUCGUCUGAGACCCCUUCAGUUGAUUAAGCUCCUACCUAUGCACACUGUAAACAAACUAUCCAAAAGGGACAUGAUUUCUAUAAUCUAGUUUUGUAUUAGCAACAACCUCAGGGGGAUGCCUCUUGUUGUAAAUGCAGAUUGUUAUAUGAGGCUCUUAUGUAACACUACUACAAACACACUCCAAACACUAUUAACUGAACAGGAACAUGUCAAUCAAGAUUUCACUCGUUUCCUGAAACAGAACAGAAUUCCAGGAUUAAUGCAAGGGUUAUAAUGUCUUUUAAUACAACCAAAUGUAAUAACUGAUCAUGGAACUGAUAGGAAAAAACACAACAUUUAUCAAAUGGGACAUCCCCCAUUGUUUGACCCCAUUGCAUGAUAAUAUGUUGUUCUUCGAAUCAUGGGAUGUCUGUAAAUCCUGGUAUGUCAUUACAUUACCCCAGAAUAGUGCAGAAACAUACACUACAUGACCAAAAGUAUGUAGACACCUGCUCGUCGAACAUCUCAUUCCAAAAUCAUGGGCAUUAAUAUGGAGUUGUUCCCCCCUUUGCUGCUAUAACAGCCUCCACUCUUCUUGGAAGGCUUUCCACUAGAUGUUGGAACAUUGCUGUGGGGACUUUCUUCCAUUCAGCCACAAGAGCAUUAGUGAUGUCGGGCACUGAUGUUGGGUGAUUAGGCCUGGCUCGCAGUCGGCGUUCCAAUUCAUCCCAAAAGUUUUCAAUGGGGUUGAGGUCAGGGAUCUGGGCAGGCCAGUCAAGUUCUUCCACACCGAUCUCGACAAACCAUUUCUUUAUGGACCUCGCUUUAUGCACGGGGGCAUUGUCAUGCUGAAACAGGAAAGGGCCUUCCUCAAACUGUUGCCAGAAAGUUGGAAGCACAGAAUCGUCUAGAAUGUCAUUGUAUGUUGUAGCGUUAAGAUUUCCCUUCACUGGAACUAAGGGGCCUAGCCCGAACCAUGAAAAACAGUCCCAGACCAUUAUUCCUAUUCCACCAAACUUUACAGUCGGCACUAUACAUUCUGGCAGGUAGCUUUCUCCUGGCAUCAACCAAAAACCCAGGUUCGUCCGUCGGACUCCAAGAUGGUGAAGCGUGAUUCAUCACUCCAGAGAACGCAUUUCCACUGCUCCAGAGUCCAAUGGCGACGAGCUUUACACCACUCCAGCCGACGCGCAUGGUGAUCUUAGGCUUGUGUGCGGCUGCUCAGCCAUGGAAACCCAUUUCAUGAAGCUCCCGACGAACAGUUCUUGUGCUGACGUUGCUUUGAGAGGCAGUUUGGAACUCGUAGUGAGUGUCACUACCGAGGACAGGCGAUUUUUAUGCGCUACGCACUUCAGCACUCGGCAGUCCCGUUUUGUGGACUUGUGUGGCCUACCACUUCGCGGCUGAGCCGUCCUAGAUGUUUCCACUUCAGAAUAACAGCAUUUACAGUUGACCGGGGCAGAUAAUCCGUGGCAGAAAUUUGACGAACUGACUUGUUGGAAAGGUGGCAUUCUAUGACGGUGCCACGUUGAAAGUCACUGAGCUCUUCAGUAAGGUUAUUUUACUACCAAUGUUUGUCCAUGGAGAUUGCAUGGCUGUGUGCUCGAUUUCAUACACCUGUCAGCAACGGGUGUGGCUGAAAUAGCUGAAUCCACUAAUUUGAAGGGGAGUCCACAUACUUUUGUAUACAUAGUGUAGUCUGAAGGACGGGAAGGCACCACAGUGUCCUGUUUUGGCCUCACUCCCUUUCUCUUUUCUGGGAGAGGAAGAAAUAGCCCCCAUGGAUUUGUGUGGACCGUGUAAGUGACAGAGUACCGUUGGGAACUGGUGCUGUAUGUCGGGGCUGUAGUGUUCCUUACUGUAGCCGAUCCUGGAAAAAUCCCUGCUUUCUAUUCUCCUCCGCCUUCUAAAAAUUCAUGGCAACCUACUUAUAGCACACAAGCUACGCUGUUAGACUCUUUGAGCCACUUGGACAUUUGAUACACAUACUUGUAACCCUUGAUACAAUUGAGAAUCAUAAUCAUGCACAGCAUUGUAAACAAAGUGCCCAUCAACAAAUCUGAACAAAUUGAAAAAUGCUGAGAAUGUUUGCCAAAAGGUAGACAGAUAAGCAGCUUGAGUACAAACUAGAGGGGUUUUGGACAGUGUCCUGGUCUGUCCUGGCAGGAAAGACCUUGUUUCUGAGCUUCAGUCUCAGUCUCAACUUGAUCUCACAACUGAACGGGAGCCCUUUAUUGCAAUAGAAAGCUCUGAACUGAACACUCUGUCCAGCGGCUCCUAUUCUAUGUGACAUGAGCUCCGCAGUGGCCGGCCAAGCCUAUUGGCCAGACUUCCUCUAUGAAAAGACUGAUGCUAUUCCUAAUUACUCAACACUUGGCAGCGCUAACACUCUGCGGCUGUAAAUAAAACCCUCCGCUCAGGCGUUUAAUGGAGAAAACAAUAAGAGGUAGAAACGGCUGCAUUCAUCAGCCGGACCGUCACUAAAUGAGAUUCAACAAAAACAUUGGCACAUCCUUCAAAACAGGAUAUUGGUGUUUUUAUGGCGAGGAGAGGAAGAGCUUGUAAUCAGCACUAGGCUACUGUGACUGACUGCUGUGACUGACUGCUGUGACCCACUUUGUCAGACCUCGUCGUGUUUUCUCAAGAAAGUGCUUUAAUCUGGUUAAGAUCAGGACAGUGCCCAUCGACACUGGAUCAAAUGCGACCUAACUAAGUAUUGUAUUCUUCACGUUGUCUCGGGAUGAUGGGAGCUCCUCCAACAGUCUCUGAGGACUCCUUUGUUUUCCUCUCUGUCCUCUAACAACACAUUCACUCACAGCACAGCCAGGCCCAAAUAUGUUCUGCAGAUGUACAGCCCUUUCCUGGUUCCCUACGUCACAGACCCAUGACAAACGUUUCUCCUCAAGCAGUAUACCUCUAUAAAUGCUUUGUCUUUGGAGAGGAAGGAAACCUUUCCUGCAUGAGCUUACUUCACAGGUUUCAAUUACAUGUCAAUCUCAUUGUAAUUCAACUCUUAUGUACAUCAAAAACAGCCAUGUUGGGGAUUAAUUACACACAGUGAUGGGUUGGCAGUUUCUGACUAUAGACAAUGGGCCCAGCUAUAUCCCUUUAAUAUAAAAGCCAAGAUGAUGCAAUGAAUCAGCAUAAUACCAAUUCCUGUCCUCCACCAUCCAAAUUACUGCCAGGCCACAUUAAAAUGACAACAUGGUGAAAAAUGGUGUCUUGGAAAUAGUAUCAAUAAUAUAUAAACUUUCGACGCAUGAAUAAUAUAAUUUUAUGUAGCGACGGCACGCAUGCAUGAAUUAGGUAGCUCAUUAUAUUCAGCUGAAGUAAGAUGAAUGGAGCAUUACUCUGUCUUCGUCCCAAAUGGCACCCUAUUCCCUACAUGGUGCACUCCUUUUGUACUUUUGACCAGAGCCCUGGUCAAAAGUAAUGCACUUUAGGGAAUAGGGUGCCAUUUGGAACUUUGCCUCUGGCUAGCUGCAUCAUGCUGCAGAGUGGGUCACUUACUGUAGCAUACUUCAUCAUAACGAAAUGGAAAAUGAUGCACCUAGAAAACACCUCAUAAUUCAAACCCCCUAAAAGAAGAAGGAAUGGAGUUGCACUGUUUUUGUGUCUAUAAAUCAAUAUUAUCUCAAAGACACCCUCUAACAGUUCUUUUGGAGGAUACUCUGAAAGAAAAUGCUUUAAUUUGACAACGCAAAAAAGCAUGCCACUGACUCAAGACAAAUGCACAGAAACAAACACACCUACACUAUUAUCACAUAGCAACCAACCGCACUGUGCUCCAGCUACUUUGAAGCACAUCAAUAUUUAAUACAUGAAGCCAACAGCAGCAGUGAAGCCAGCAGGCAGCCCUGCCCUCCAUGCCCCCGUGCCCUUGAGAGACCAGGGUUGAGACCCAUAUAGCACCAUAUUCCCUAUAUUGUUCACUUCCUUUGACUAGAGCCCUAUAGGCCCGGGUCAAAAGUUAUCCACUAUCUAGAGAAUAGGGUGCCAUUUGGGAUGCAGCUCAGGAAUUCCCCAGACAGACAAUGGAGUUCCUCUCUCUGUCUCUCUACUCUACUCUGCUGGCCAGGCGGGGGAGCUGACUUCCUGUGGAUCUGCCCCUGCUCCCAGAGGAAGGGCCAACGCUCCUGUACUCACCGUCAGGGGCAUUGUGGGCCUUCCCACUGGUUUCAUCCUGUCCGCCACAAUGGGACUAACAGGCCCCGCCCUGCUCAGAAUGCAGGCCCAGCCUCUCUGUUUAUUCAUUCAGAGUGUCUUAACAUGAUCAACACUUACAACCCACAUCUUAACUGACCGUUAGUGGCUCUGUCACUUUAGGGACAAACACUAGCGUCCCGGACAGGUAGCUCGAAGUGGCUUCUGUCAGCUCUUUUCUAACACGGAUAGUAGGCCUGUAUUGCAUGUUUGCAAUUUUCUUUUUAUAGGCUGUAUAUGAUGUACAGCCAAAUGCAGGACAUUGAGAGCUGCCCUGUGCCCAAUAAACUAUUUGGUUAUUGUCUUUGUUUGCACCUGAAGAAGACUUGUGAAGUCGAAACAUUGUAAGAUUUAGGUGCAGCAAUAUUCCCUGUACAGGCCUUUCAUUUCUAUAUAUCUGUUUGGCCUAAUGUGUGAGCUAACAGGGUUCUAGCUAACUGGAUGUUCUUGCCUGGUUUGUGUUGCCAGGUGGACCUGGGAUUCCUCCGCUUUGUUUCAGCCGUGGGAACACAGGGAGCAAUCUCCAAGGAGACGAAGAAGGAGUACUUUGUCCGCUCCUACAAAGUGGACGUGAGCUCCAAUGGAGAGGACUGGGUCACGAUAAAGGAGGGAUCCAAGCAGAUGGUAAGACUGACUCAUAAGAUAUAAGUUAGCCCUUUAUACAUCAGCAAUUGUCACAAAGAGCUUUACUGUAACCCGACCUUGAACUCAAAGAGCAACCAAAGCAGAAGCGAGGGCACAGUGGCCAGGAAAAAUGCCCUAGUAGGAUAAACCCAGAGAGGUUACAGAAUAGUGAUACAUUGUAAGUAAUAGAAAGAAUGAGUUCAGUUUUAUUUGGACAUCAACACCACACAUUUCACAAUACACAUUUCACAAUACACAAUUUCACAAUACACAAUUUCACAAUACACAAUUUCACAAUACACCAUUUCUCAAUACAUAUUUCAAAUCAAAUUAAAUUUUAUUUGCCACAUGCGCCGAAUACAACAGGUGUAGACAUUACAGUGAAAUGCUUACUUACAAGCCCUUAACCAACAAUGCAGUUUUUAAAAAAGUGUUACUUUAGGCCAGAUUUCCUGUUCUCUGGACAAAUAAUACCAGAAGAAUAUGUCAUAUUUUAUAUAACGGAUUCAGACAUUUCUAUUUAACAAAAGUGACUCUAUUCUCUAUUCUUCUGGAAUAAAGCAGAAGAUACGUUUCUGUUGGACCUCCGUGUACAUUGGACAAUAAAGUAAUCUGGUUCUUGUUCUCUACUUCCUCCUCCAGGUUUUCCAGGGGAACAACAACCCUACAGACGAGGCAAGGUCAUUCCUACCCAAGCAGACUCUAGCCCGUUACGUCCGCAUCAGACCCAUGUCUUGGGAGAUAGGCAUCUGCAUGCGCUUCGAGGUGUACGGCUGCAAGACAUCAGGUACACACACACAUGCACGCACGUUUGCACGCACACACAGCUGCAUACAUCAGGUCAGUCACCACCAGGUGGCUCUCAAACACACACACAAAUGCACAUACAGUUGAAGUCGGAGGUUUACAUACACUUAGGUUGGAGUCAUUAAAACUCGUUUUUCAACCACUCCACAAAUGUCUUGUUAACAAACUAUAGUUUUGGCAAGUCGGUUAGGACAUCUACUUUGUGCAUGACACAAGUAAUUUUUCCAACAAUUGUUUACAGACAGAUUAUUUCACUUAUAAUUCACUGUAUCACAAUUCCAGUGGGUCAGAAGUUUACAUACACUAAGUUGACUGUGCCUUUAAACAGCUUGGAAAAUUCCAGAAAAUGAUGUCAUGGCUUUAGAAGCUUCUGAUAGGCUAAUUUACAUCAUUUGAGUCAAUUGGAGGUGUACCCGUGGAUGUAUUUCAAGGCCUACCUUCAAACUCAGUGCCUCUUUGCUUGACAUCAUAGGAAAAUCAAAAGAAAUCAGCCAAGACCUCAGAAAAAAAAUGGUAGACCUCCACAAGUCUGGUUCAUCCUUGGGAGCAAUUUCCAAACGCCUGAAGGUACCACGUUCAUCUGUACAAACAAUAGUACGCAAGUAUAAACACCAUGGGACCAUGCAGCUGUCAUACCGCUCAGGAAGGAGACGCGUUCUGUCUCCUAGAGAUGAACAUACUUUGGUGUGAAAAGUGCAAAUCAAUCCCAGAACAACAGCAAAGGACCUUGUGAGGAUGCUGGAAGAAACAGGUACAAAAGUAUCUAUAUCCACAGUCAAACGAGUCCUAUAUCGACAUAACCUGAAAGGCCGCUCAGCAAGGAAGAAGCCACUGCUCCAAAACCGCCAUAAAAAAACCAGACUACGGUUUGCAACUGUACAUGGGGACAAAGAUCGUACUUUUUGGAGAAAUGUCCUCUGGUCUGAUGAAACAAAAAUAGAACUGUUUGGCCAUAAUGACCAUCGUUAUGUUUGGAGGAAAAAGGGGGUUGCUUACAAACCGAAGAACACCAUCCCAACCAUGAAGCACGGGGGUGACAGCAUCAUGCUGUGGGGGUGCUUUGCUUCAGGAGGGUCUGGUGCACUUCACAAAAUAGAUGGCAUCAUGAGGAAGGAAAAUUAUGUGGAUAUAUUGAAGCAACAUCUCAAGACGUCAGUCAGGAAGUUAAAGCUUGGUCGCAAAUGGGUCUUCCAAAUGGACAAUGGCCCCAAGCAUACUUCCAACGUUGUGGCAAAAUGGCUUAAGGACAACAAAGUCAAGGUAUUGGAGUGGCCAUCACAAAGCUCUGACCUCAAUCCUAUAGAGAAUGUGUGGGCAGAACUGAAAAAGUGUGUGUGAGCAAGGAGGCCUACAAACCUGACUCAGUUACACCAGCUCUGUCAGGAGGAAUGGGCCAAAAUUCACCAAACUUAUUGUGGGAAGCUUGUGGAAGGCUACCCGAAAAGUUUGACCCAAGUUAAACAAUUUAAAGGCAAUGCUACCAAAUACUAAUUGAGUGUAUGUAAACUUCUGACCCACUGGGAAUGUGAUGAAAGAAAUAAAAGCUGAAAUAAAACAUUCUCUCUACUAUUAUUCUGACAUUUCACAUUCUUAAAAUAAAGUGGUGAUCCUAUCUGACCUAAAACAUGGAAUUUUUACUAGGAUUAAAUGUCAGGAAUUGUGAAAAACAGAGUUUAAAUGUAUUUGGCUAAAGUGUAUGUAAACUUCCGACUUCAACUGUAUGCACACACACACACACAAAUGCAUAAGCAGUGCACACAUAUUUUGACUCUUCCCCUAACUUCUAAUAUAGACCAUAUACUGUAUACCUGGCUCCCCAGUAAGUGCUCUAAGAAAUCUAAUGAAUUCUGUUCUUGGUUGUACAGAAGACAGUGUACAGCUUUUUGGUUUAGAAUAAUCACUGCUUCCUAAGCCGGUUGAGGGUCAUGCUAGGUUGUUAUUGUAAAAGUGCAAUGGAAAAAGGUAAAAAGGCAAGUUGAGUCAUCGUACAUGCAGUAUUUACAAUAUUACAAAGCACAGCAUAUGGUUCAUCCAGAGAUCCAUAUCCUUCCUUAUUUCCCUCAGCAGGAGAACAUCAUAAAGAUGGUAUUACACUCUUUCUCACUGCAGGGCCAGUGUGUGUGUGUGUGUGUGUGUGUGUGUGUGUGUGUGUGUGUGUGUGUGUGUGUGUGUGAUACUGUACAAAGUGAUUAAGAGUUUGGAAUGACACAGGGAGGAAGUAGACAGUCUGUCUCUGUUUGUGUUCUCCACUUAUAUUGCCUCUGUGAGUUCAGCUCAGCUACCUCAUGCAGUACACGCACGCACACACACACACAUACACACACACACACACACACACACACACACACACACACAACACACAAACACACACACACACACACACAGGGAGUUCCCACAAAGAGAAGUGGUAAAACCAAAUCACACAAGAACUCACAUAGACCUCAACACUGAAUAACUGGGGAACUAGGGGGAGUUGAUCUAUCUCCACAGGGAAAGCUGUUACAUACUGUCUCACUCAGACUCAGGAAGUGUUUGAAAUUGUAUCCUAUUACCUUAUAGAGCCCAUGAGGACACAGCAGCUUCACCCUGCCCCCCUCUCUCUCUCUCUCUAUUUCACAGACUACCCUUGCUCCGGCAUGCUGGGGAUGGUCUCCGGUCAAAUCUCGGACGCCCAGAUCAGCGCGUCGUCGAACGCAGAGCGUGGGUGGGUACCAGAGAACGCCAGGUUGCUGACAGGGAGGUCGGGCUGGACCCAGCAACAGACCAGACAGCCCUUCAGGAACGAGUGGCUGCAGAUGGACCUGGGCCAGGACAAGCUGGUCAGUGGCCUGGUCAUCCAAGGAGGACGCCACAGGUAGGUAGCAUAGAGGUUAGAGAGGUGGGCCAGAAACCGGAGGGUUCGAGCCAGUGUGUGUUUGUGUGUCUUUCGGAGAGGUUGGGAUCUUAGCAGAAGACCAAUUUCAGUUGCCUGUUUGUAAAAUGGAUCAAUAAAGUAUUCUUCUUCUUCUACAGAGACAAGAAUGUGUUUAUGAAGAGGUUCAAGGUGGGCUACAGCAACAACGGCUCUGACUGGACCAUGGUGAAGGAAGACAACAGCACCAGGCCCAAGGUAAGGGAAGCAACCUGGGAAUUCAUGUUUGGUAUCCUGUGCAUUCAUCUCCUCUCUUUUCAACAGAGACCCACAGAUCAAUAGAAAGUAGGGCUGUCAGAGUUAAUCAGUUAACUCGAGUUAACUGUUUGUAAUUUUAGUGCGCACAUUUUUUUCUACACGAUUAAACGCAUUGUCUGAAAGUGUUCAAAAUACAUUGAAAACGUCCACAAUACAUAAUAUAUACAGUUAAAAACAAAUACGAUGUCAAAACAAGUUGACAUUGAGGUUAAAGAAAGUGUGCUUUAUCAAUUUACCUGAUUCUGCUUACCGUUACUUUGGGAAAAAUCAAGACGUCAAUAUUCUUGUAAUGCUUUUUGUGUGAAAAGUAUUGAAUUCCAGCUCAAAAUCCUGUGAUUAACUCUAUAUUUUUUAAUUUAUUUUUGACAAGAUUGAUGACAAGAGUGCAACAUAUCCUGUUGGUAAAGUCAAGGAUGAAAUGUGUGUGUGUGCAAACCAUCAGCACCUAGCUAGUCAAAACAUCCAGCAGUACUCUCAGUUCUCCCUGUCCCCUUCACAAGACAGUCUGACUUGAAUAUCCAUCUAUUCCAGAUGGUGGGACUUAUUUAUGGCAGACAGAGGGAGAUCUUAUCUACGUCCUAAACUGCACCAUAGGGUGCAAUUUGGGAAGUAAUGCUAGAUAUCCCCCUUUGUCUUUUUAAAAAGCUCCUUUCCAGCCUCCAGUCUUCAAAGAUGAACAGACAGGAAGUCUAUUUCUGUGGCUUCAGCUAUACAUCCAGUCUGCAUCCCAAAUGGCACCCUAUUCCCUAUAUAGUGCACCACUUUUGACCGGGGCUCUGGUUAAAAGUAGUGUACUAUAUAGGGAAUAGUGAGCCAUUUGGGAGGCAGCCAGAGUGUUUUUCAAACUGCCACUCCAGGCUUCACUUUGAGUGGAAACAUAAGAACCUACCCACCAAACCGAAAUUGGUUCUGUGAAGGUUCCCAGAACAUAUGUUAAGUCACGGCAAAUGUUCCCAAAACACAAAAACUGUCCAGUUGUGAUGAUGAUUCUACAAUGUUUCUUUUAGGGUGCAAAAAGCAUUCACCUGAUGUUACAAGAACAUUCCCAGAACACAUUUAAUCUGUUCUUUAAAGGUUCCCAGAAUGUUUCAUUAGGUUGUGGGAACAGUCUGGUGAGAACAUUGUGGGGACAUAUAAAUAAAUAUAUUUGAUCAUAAACAUUCUCUGAAUGUUAUUUCGAUGUUAACAUCCUAAUGUUAGAUAAAACCCUAACUAGAACUUAAUGGGAAUCUUACCUAAUGUUCUGGGAAUGUUCCCGGUUUGCUGGGUAGGGUCUGGCACCAUGGUGGUAGCAGGCCUGGUGUCCCGGACUUCCGCUACCUGCUCACAGCAGGGGCUAACUAUUUUCACAUGUCCUCUCGCUUUAAAUAAUAUAUUAAGGAUAUGCUUCAAUAUUAGUUUCAUAACCCUCCUAGAUCCUAGCUGAAAUUACCCUUCUUGUUAUGUUGCGUCCCAAGUAGCCCCCUAUUCUCUUUAUAGUGCACUACUUUUGCCCAGGCCCAAAGGGUUACUGUGCAGAGCUGGCACAUUGGGGACGGAAAACGGGUUUCUGUCUCGUAGUGUACGGUCUGGAAAUUGUUUGGUCUUCAUCGCUGUUCUAUUCUCCUGGCUCUCUUCCAGAUCUUCAUUGGGAACCAGAACCAUGACACCCCAGAGCUGCGUACACUGGGCCCUCUGCUGACUCGCUUCCUCAGGGUCUACCCAGAGAGAGCCACCCCCGAUGGCCUGGGGCUCAGACUGGAGCUGCUGGGUUGUGAGAUCCAUGGUGAGUUAGCAGAAACAUCUCAGCACACACACAAUCACAGCAAGACAGACAGACAUACAGACAGACAAACAGAAGGACAGACAAACACAUGCGCACACACGCAUGCACAUUCAUUGUCAUGGCAACAGUUUAACAACGACAGCAACAGAGUUGACCAAGCGCACAAACAGAUCUAGGACCAGGCUAGGGUUACAGUAUUAGGAUUAAAGGACCCCUCUGACAUGGUCUAGAGUUAGACAUCAACCAUAGUGACCUCACACAGAUGAAAUCUCAGAUAGGUUUCACUCACCUACUCCUAACUACAGACCUGAGACCUGCAUGAGUGGCAAGACUUGGGCAGUAGCUAUUUAGCCUUUACUGCAUGCUUGAUGACAGUCAUAUACUGUACCCUGCCUGUCAGUCAGUGUGGGAAGUGUAAUGAGUGUGUUAUGUUUUAUGUGUUAUGUGGGAGGGUUAGGACAUGACAGACAUGAAAGGCUGACGCGGCAACCAGAGCAGGCUGCCCUGACUCUGAGCUGGAGGGGGAAGGGGGAGGGGGAGGGGAGGUGGACCAGUCACAGUGGGAGGGUGAGGGAGGGGGGUGGAACAGUCACAGUGGGGGUGGGGAGGGGGUGGACCAGUCACAGUGGGAGGGUGAGGGACGGGGGGUGGACCAGUCACAGUGGGAGGGUGAGGGAGGGGAGGUGGACCAGUCACAGUGGGAGGGUGAGGGAGGGGGGUGGAUCAGUCACAGUGGGAGGGUGAGGGACGGGGGGUGGACCAGUCACAGUGGGAGGGUAGGGAGGGAGGUGGACCAGUCACAGUGGGAGGGUGAGGGAGGAGGGGUGGAUCAGUCACAGUGGGAGUGGGGGAGGUGUACCAGUCACAGUGGGAGGGUGAGGGGGGAGGGGGGGUGGACCAGUCACAGUGGGAGGGUGAGGGAGGGGAGGUGGACCAGUCACAGUGGGAGGGUGAGGGAGGGGAGGUGGACCAGUCACAGUGGGAGGGUGAGGGAGGGGAGGUGGACCAGUCACAGUGGGAGGGUGAGGGAGGGGAGGUGGACCAGUCACAGUGGGAGGGUGAGGGAGGGGAGGUGGACCAGUCACAGUGGGAGGGCAAGGCGGGGGGUGACUGAAGGUUGGGGAUGUUGGGGAUAUCUGGGUCUGGUAUGGGGUAUCUGGUUACCCUUGUAGGUAGGAAGAUAAGGAUCAGACGGUGGGGUAGUGGAGGGGAGGAAGGAAGGAAGGAAGGAAGGAAGGAAGGAAGGAAGGAAGGAAGGAAGGAAGGAAGGAAGGAAGGAAGGAAGGAAGGAAGGAAGGAAGGAAGGAAGGAAGGAAGGAAGGAAGGAAGGAAGGAAGGAAGGAAGGAAGAGGAGGUGGAAAGGGUGGCAGGUAGCCUAGCGGUUAAGAGCGUUGGGUUAAUAACCGAAAGGUUGCUGGUUCAAAUCCCCGAGCCGACUAGAUGAAAAAUCUGUCGACAUACCCCUGAGCAAGGCACCUAACCCUAAUUGCUCCUGUAUGUCGCUCUGGAUAAGAUUGUCUGCUAAAUGUAUAAAAUGAGAGAAGAAGAAGAGUGUGGCUGGCUGCUCACGUGCUCCAACUCCUUUUAUCUGUCCCAAAUCAAUACAAUCUCCACAUCAAAGAGCAUCUGCAUAUACACACUUACUAGGGAGCGAGCACACACACACUCACAAUGGCGCAUCGGGAAAUCAACUAUGAGCAAUCUACUUUAAUUAUUUUCCCAAAUCACCUUCACACCUUGAUUUCAACCCCUCUGUUCCACCCCUCUCUGCCUGCGUCGGACUAGGGUUUAUCUGUAGUGAUCAUGCUACCAGUAGCUACCAGCCUCUCUCCAUAGUCUCAUGUUACUGGAUUAUUUCCUAUCUCUAGCCAGAACAUGUGCCCUGGAAGCCUGCUUGGUGUCACCAUGUCAGAUACAUUACCAUCUAAAAGCAAACAAACCCCUAUAUCCCCUAAUCCAAUCAGAAAGGUUGACCUGUAGACGGUCUGCUUGAGGGAUCAUGUCCCUAAAUCUCUCUCUCUCUCUCUCUCUCUCUCUCUCUCUCUCUCUCUCUCUCUCUCUCUCUCUCUCUCUCUCUCUCUCUCUCUCUCUCUCUCUCUGCUAUGCUAUGCUCACUGAGUCUGUAUAUAGUCAAACCUUUCCUUAGUUUUGGGUCAGUCACAGUGGUCGGGUAUUCUGCCACUGUGUACUCUCUGUUUAGGGCCAAAUAGCAUUCUAGUUUGCUCUGUUUUUUUGUUUUAUUCUUUCCAAUGUGUCAAGUAAUUAUCUUUUUGUUUUGUCAUGAUUUGGUUGGGUCUAAUUGUGUUGCUGUCCUGGGGCUCUGUGGGGUCUGUUUGUGUUGCUUAGGAGACUCUUUUCCAGGUUCAUCUAUCUGUAGGUGAUGGCUUUGUUAUGGAAGGUUUGGGAAUCGCUUCCUUUUAGGUGGUUGUAGAAUUUAACGUCUCUUUUCUGGAUUUUGAUCAUUAGCGGGUAUCGGCCUAAAUCUGUAUACAUUAUUUGGUGUUUUACGUUGUACACUGAGGAUAUUUUAGCAGAAUCCUGAAUGCAGAGUCUCAAUUUGGUGUUUGUCCCAUUUUGUGAAUUCCUGGUUGGUGAGCGGACCCCAGACCCCACAACCAUAAGGGCAAUGGGUUCUAUAACUGAUUUUUAGCCAGAUCCUAAUUGGUAUGUCGAACUUUAUGUUCCUUUUGAUGGCAUAGAAGGCCCUUCUUGCCUUGUCUCUCAGAUCGUUCACAGCUUUGUGGAAGUUACCUGUGGCACUGAUGUUUAGGCCGAGGUAUGUAUAGUUUUUUGUGUGCUCUAGGGCAACGGUGUCUAGAUAGAAUUUGUAUUUGUGGUUCUGGCAACUGGACCUUUUAUUUUUGUCUUACUGAGAUUUACUGUCAGGGCCCAGGUCUGACAGAAUCUAUGCAGAAGAUCUAGAUGCUGCUGUAGGCCCUCCUUGGUUGGGGACCAAUUCUCUCUCUCUCUCUUUACCUCUCUCUACCUCCAGAGCCCACAACUCUCCCACCGACCACGACUGUAGCGACCACGUUUACUGUAACCACGUUCGCUGCCACCACAACUGCGUCUGUGACCAUGCCUGCCCCGACGUCAGAGUGUGACAACCAGCAGGCCAGCUGUCACAGUGGAACAGGAACAGGAGGAGGGGAGGACUAUGACACAACAGGUGCUCUCUCUCCUACUCACACCCACCCUUUCUCUCUCUAUCCCUCUAUCCUUCUUACAACCUCCCUCCCUCCUCUCUCUCUCUCUCUCUCUCUCUCUCUAUCCCUCUCACAACCCCCAUUUUCUCUCUCUCUCUCCAUCCCUCCUUCUCAGUUAACAACCUAUAUCUAUCUACGGUAUCUAUCUACUGUGUUUGUAUCCCUGACUGUGCCCGUCUGUGUCUGACAGGUGGCACCACAUUGGCAGACCCAACCCUGGAGGGAGAACUCGUGCCAGGUGAGAACGCUAAUAAACUACCGCCUCAUUCACUUCAUCCCUGCCUGCCUGCCCGCCCGCCCCGCCCGCCCCGCCCUGCCUGCCUGCCUGCUUGCUUGCUUGCCUGCCUGCCUGCUUGCUUGCUUGCGCCAACUCCUCUGUUGUUCGUUAGCAUGUUGGGUAUGACAUAGGCCAACAGUGAAGUUGGCUAAAGGACAAACAGAUCUGGCAACCAGGCCUCAAAAGAGAAGGAACAUUAUUUCCGUUCCUGUUCUAGAUUAGUCUACUUUCAGCGGGGGACUCCCAAACAGCCCCUAUUCCCUUAAUAGUGCAUUAUAGGAAAAAACUGAACUGCAGAAACAGGAACAUUGGGUCUUAAUGAACUGAGCAAGGGAGUCAUAUGACAACAACCAGAGGGCACAACAACAGUAACUUAUUCUUUGACUGCUACAACAACGUCUGAGAACUAAACAAACUCUCUUUGUAUUCAUAGCAGUAGCAUUCAUUUGGAUGCGUUGGUUAAUCACUGCAACCGUGUCAUGUUGCGUCCCAAGUAGCCCCCUAUUCUCUUUAUAGUGCACUACUUUUGCCCAGGGCCCAAAGGGUUACUGUGCAGAGCUGGCAUAGUGGGGAUGGAAAUGUGUUUCUGACUUGUAGCGUAUGGUCUGGAAAUGAUUUUAGUCUUCAUCACUGUUCUGUUCUGUUCUGGUGGCACUCCUCCCUUCUCUCUGAAAGAUCCCUUCACUCCUCCCUUCUCUCUGAAAGAUCCCUUCACUCUUCCUUCUCUCUGGAAGGUCCCUUCACUCUUCCUUCUCCUGGUACUAAACACAUGUUGGAUCUGUGAAUCUGUCUUUUGUCAAAUAUGAAAUACUGUAUCUAAGUUUGAGUGCCUUCAAGAGACUGUAAGGAAACAAAAAUUUUAAUUUUUCCUUAAGAAAAAUGGUAUGCUUGCUUCAGCUGUCCAAAAGUAUUUUCAUGGUAGUGGAAUUUUAAAUUGUUAUAAGGAAAUUAGAAAUUACAUGUAUUCACUUCCUUACCUCACUCUCUUUUCACAUUGUGUAGAAUAGUUACACUCAGCCAGAGGAAACGAGUGUGGUUACUUACAAGGUUGACCUCUUUUCCAGAGUACCUGUGGUUUGCUUGUGACUUUGGCUGGGCGGACAACCCGUCGUUCUGUGGCUGGACACUGGAGAAGGAUACUGGUGCUGAGUGGAUGAUUCAGACCAGCGGGGCCCCCACCGUCCACAAAGGACCCAACCUGGACCACACAGGUGGGUGGGAGGAGAAGAGAACAGAGUGCACACACACACACACACACAGAUUGCAUACAUACACACACACACACAGCGCACACACUGUAGUAAAUAAGGACUAACACAAUGAACAUGGACUCAGCUAAUACUUAGCUUGUCUCUUAGCUUGUCUCUUACUGCCCUCUACAGGAGUUCCAGGGAACUUCAUCUACAUGCAGCUGGCUGCUGAGACCGAAAUGGAGGAGGAGGAGGAGGAGGAGGAGGAGGAGGAGGAGGAGCAGGAGGAGGAGGAGACAGAGGUAGAGGAGGUGGCGUUGGUGGGGGUGGUGGUGGAGGAGAGGAUGGAGGAGAGGGUGGCACGCCUAGCCAGCCUGCCUGUAACCGCCCCGGACGCCGACCUGUGUGUGUCCUUCUGGUACCACAUGUUCGGGGAGCACUGCUGGCACCCUGCACAUCAAACAGAGGAGAGAGACAGAGGAGGGGCGGGCAGAGGCACUGCUCUGGACCGUCAGUGGACACCAGGGCAGCCGAUGGAGGGAGGGACGACU